CGGACAAAGUCUGCAACGCGACAUCCAUAUGCAGUCACUUUUGCAGAAGAACACCGGGGGGCCCUGUAUGCUCUUGUAAAGAGGGUUACAAACUGGAAAACAAUCGUACGUGUGUGGAUAUUAACGAGUGCAACAUAUACGGUUUAUGCGACCAACAUUGUUUAAACAAAAAUGGUUCCUACCAAUGUCAGUGCGAGCACGGAUAUCAGCUGCAAGAUGACAAUACAACAUGCAAAGCUGAAGGUGGCGAGGCCAUUGUGGUUUUCUCGUCGAAAACAGAAAUUGAUGGCUUGUACCUCGGAUCCAAGAUCCAUGUUCCCAUGACUGUAAACCUGAAGCACGUUGUAGGCGUUUCUUUGGAUUCCACUUAUAUCUAUUGGUCGGACAUAAAAUAUGGAAACGAGGCCAUUUUCAGAAGCCUAAUCGACGGUGACAAGCGAGAAGUCAUUGUAACUUGUGGCUUAGGUUUACCUGAAGAUAUCGCGGUCGAUUGGGUAACCGAAAAUUUAUACUUUACCGAUAGUCAGUAUAAACAUAUUGGUGUAUGUAACGAAGGAGGAACUUAUUGUACCGUCAUUGUCAAAGAGAUGGUCGAUAAACCUAGAGGAAUAGUCUUAGUACCUUCGGCUGGCCGAAUGUAUUGGAGUGACUGGGGCGAAAAUCCUCAUAUAGCAACGGCAGGAAUGGAUGGUCAAGAAAGAACGGUAUUUGUUUAUGAAAAUAUGCAAUGGCCUAAUGGAUUGGCUAUAGAUUACCCUAAUGAGAGACUGUACUGGGUGGAUGCCAAAUUACAGAUCAUAGAAUCAAUUCGUCUGGAUGGAAAAGAUCGCAGGGUGGUUCUUAAAGACGUGGCGCGUCAUCCUUUUGCUAUAGCUAUUUUUGAAAAUCGCCUUUAUUGGAGCGAUUGGUACAGCAACAGCAUACAAUCCUGCGACAAAUUCACGGGGAAGAAUCUUCAGAUUCUAUUUCGAAGAAGGAAUGAGAUUUAUGGAAUACAUAUAUAUCAUUCCGUUCUGAAACCAGAAAUUCCAAAUCCAUGCAAUAAUAAACCAUGUUCGCAAAUUUGUCUUCUAGCGCCAAACUCAAGGUAUACCUGUGCUUGUACAUUAGACAUGGAGCUUAGCAGCAAUCAACACACAUGCAAAGUAAUUUCUAAGAAACGCUACGUUGUGAUUGCCGCCGGAAAUGUGCUUCUGCGUUACUAUCAUGAGAUCCUUGGAAGGCCAAAAGUUGUCCAAAGUGAAAUUCUGAAACACACAACUGCUCUUGCUUACGACUCUUUGGAUGGCACUGUCCUAGCAGCUGAUUCCAUCACGCAUUCCGUCUUCCAAAUUGACCUCGCGGGAGCAACCAUCAAGAAUAAAAUAAACAUCAAUAAUGCCUUAAACGGAGACAUGGAUUUCGAUUAUUUUGGAAAUAAUCUAUACUGGUGCGACGCCGAGAAAAAAGCCAUCGAAGUGCAUAGCUUGCAAACCAGGGCUAAAACCGUGUUUCAUUAUCAGGAAGAACCGCGCAACAUCCUCGUCAUACCUGAGCUUGGAAUAAUGUAUGUGGUUUUCUUUUCGAAUGAUAAUUUACACAUAGACAAACUCGCUAUGAACGGAAAUGGCACCCAGAUCCGUGUAAUCGACGGAUACGAUUUGUUGGGGCCAAAAGUGGCAUUUGCAUACGACAGAGAACUCGAACGAGUGUAUUGGGCUGAUCAGGGAUCUGGACAUAUCGAGAGCAUGAACGCAAAUGGUAAGGACAGGAGAAAUGCUCAAAAAAACCUGAAGGAACCUGUGAGCAUCGCCAUACUUGGAAAUGAUCUGUUCUGGACAUUACGGAAAUCCAGUCAACUAUUUUGGGCACCAAAAAAUGGUUCCGAUCAGAAGGCCGUUACUUUAAAUGUUCCAGAGAAUAUAGAGCGCAUGCACCUUACGAACAUAUACGGAAUUUACGCAAAUCCUCAACAUACUUGUCGUCUGAACAAUGGAGGUUGCUCUCAUGUUUGCCUCGUAGUAACUUCAAAUACGCAUGUUUGCGCGUGCCCUCCUGGAUUGAUACUAAGUGAAAACGAAAGAACCUGCAAAUCUCAAGUUGCCUGCACCUCUGAUCAAAUAAAUUGUAAAUCGGGCAGCAUUUGUAUCGACAAAAAACAAAGGUGUAAUGGCAUUUUGGAUUGUCCGGACGGAGAGGACGAGAUUAAUUGCGGCCAUGCGUUACAUUGCGGCGAAAAUGAAUUUAUGUGCAAAAACGGGGAGUGCAUUAAUAUGAAGAAAAGAUGUAAUUCCAUUUUCGACUGUAAGGACCGAUCGGACGAAGAAACGUGCAACCUCAACCCCUGCAAACCUGGCGAAUUUCGAUGUCGAAAAGGUAAUUGCAUUCUCAAGUACAACGUGUGCGAUGGUAAAAACGACUGCGAUGACUUUUCCGACGAGCUCGAUUGCAAAAGUAAUACCUGCGACACGAGUAGCUUCCGUUGCGAUUCGGGAAAGUGCAUCCCCAAGGAUUGGAAGUGCGACGGUCAGGUAAACGAAUUACAAAAUUCCCCUUCAUUUUUAUGUAAUGGCAUCCAGGACUGUCCCAUGAACGAUGACGAAUAUCGGUGCUAUGAAUGCGAACGUGGAGAAUUUAUGUGCGAAAACAAACGCUGUAUACAAAGAUCCUGGGUCUGCGAUAAAUUCGAUGACUGCGGCGACAAAUCCGACGAGAUUAAUUGCGACAACAAUGAUAAUGUAAAUCUCGCAAACAACGCAUCGACAUCGUGCGAAGGAUUUAGAUGUACUUCUGGUUUUUGCAUCUCUUAUAAGAAUGUUUGCGACGGUGUGCGAGACUGUUCCGAUGGAAGCGAUGAAGGUGGAAAAUGCG